CGAAAUUUCAAGCUUUUUUGGGAAAUGAUGAAAUAAAUGUAACUGGCCUUGCACUUGAAUGAAUGGAAGGAAAUCACAAUCACCUGACCUGACGUGCAAAGAUAAACGGACUCUAUCUCUCCUGGCCUGUUAUACAAGUUACGUAAGCGACGGCCAAGAUUCUGGGCAGCUUUCGAACGAUGGGGUAUGGAGCUAGCUGUUGGUUUCACGACAUACAAAGCAAUGCUAUGUGGCACUUCAGCUGCGAUACACACUCAAACACCUAGACCUCAAAUUAUCACCAUCUCAGCACCCUAUUCAGAUCAAAGAACCAACCUACUUCAUGUCUUUGGACGUUCCAACCUCUUGAUAUAUAAUCACACUUUCUUCGUCGCCCUAAAAAAUGGCGAGCCCACCGCCGCCGUCCACAUCCCCCAUCACGCUGCGAAUACCCUCCAAAUAUGCCUCAGAAACCCCUUCCGCCGCCGCCACCGCGGAGCCGACACUCGACUUCCUCCACCGGACAUGGUCAGUGACUCACUCGACCCUGGCCAUGUGGCGCGACGCCCGCAAUGUCCGCAUCACCUACCGCCCGCUCCCACCGACGUCUGACGGCAAGACACGCGUUGACGACAUGGUCGAGUACGAGGCCCGCGGCGGCCAGGGCGGGGUCAAGUCGGUCGCCGGUGUUGACACGGCGGUCUCCACGUCAUCCCUCACGGCGUGGGACUGGCGCGGCAAGGGCUGGCUCUUCUUCGUCACCAGCCACUGGGAGGUGUUGGGGUGGGGCGAGCGGCCCGUGGCGGGCGGCGAAGGCCAGAUGGAGCGCUGGGCUGUGACGUGGUUCGCGCCCACGCUCUUCACCAAGGAGGGCAUCGACAUCUACUGCGACCGCAAGGAGGGGUUGAGCAAAGAGACUGAGGACCUGGUAAUGACUGCGCUGAGGGGCAUUGGUGCGGAGAAGCUGGUCGCCAUGGUCGACAGGGACAUGCGGCCGGUCGAGAUUCAGCUGCCGUGGAAGCUCUAGUUCAGCAGCAGCUGGUGCUGGGAGCGCCUGUGUGCGUGUUUUGCAUGCUGUGCUGCAUGCUGUGCUUGUUGCCCUGAAUGCUGCGUCGGGUGUCUCGAGUGUUGUGCUAUAGUCGCGGAUCCUAAUUAGCAAGCUUGGCGUUUGGGUUUUGGUUUGUGUUCAAGAUAUUUAUAGAGUCGUACUAUGGGGGUAUCAUCCUCUCCGGUUGUACUAUUAAAUUCAUAUUAGUAUGGUAAUCAUAACAUGGAAACAGCGACUGGGUCACGC